AAGUUCCGCUUUUGCUAGCUUCUGGUUUAGUUAGCUUGCCGUAGCUUGUGUUAGCUUUAAGCUAGAGCUAAGUGGAAGUCUGUCAACGGUAGGCGGGGAUUGUUCCUGCUUGUUUUAGGCAGUUAGUCUCAAUUUUAAAAACAACAACACAGGUGAAAAAGUUGAUAUUGUUGCCUGGUACCGGACGCGGUUGCCAUCUGUCACGAAGCCGCCUGCUGUCCUCUAACUUGCGGCGUGGGAGCAGCAGUAACCAAAGUUCAUACUGAAUGGCUGAGGGCUCCUCAGAACAACCUGACCUCAAUCCAAAUUAUGUGGCACAUGAAAAACCAUACCAGCACAAAUCCAGAAGAGGCAGCUCCAGGUUCAACAAUGACCGCAGCCUAAAUAGUCAUGAUCAGGACUUUAAACCCCCAUUUAGUCAGGAUAAUUCAGAUUAUGCAUUUCAUCAGCAUCCCCACUACCAGGGAGAGGAUGGAGCCAGGAGGCGAGGCAGAGGUAGAGGGAGGCGAGAAGGAAAUAGAAGUGUAAAUGGCUCCAACUGCCACAGACCCGGAGUUGACUUUGGCCCGUAUGGCGCUAACAACAGAGGGGCUGGGGGCUUUCACUCUAGGCCACAGCCCAUGGACGAUGGACCCGAUGGGCCGAGCUGGCGAAGAGAAGAUGCAGGCAGGAAUCUUGAACAAACCAACGAAGACCUGGAUGCUGGGGCUAAGAAACCCAGGAAGUUUAGCCAGGAGGCCAGGAGGAGAGCACAGCAAACUGAAAGGGGUCCUCGCCUAAAAGAGAACAAGCCUUUAGUAGAUGGUCAGUGGCCAAACGACACCAUAAGAGGGAACCCCACUUUAGACGUGAGGGAAAGAAGUCAGAGGAACUGGCCAGGUCCAGACUCUCAGCAUGACGAUCAUCAGAGAAAACCCACUGAGGUCAAACGACGCCACGGGCCAAUCAAACCGCCCAAAUUACAACCUCCAGAGGAAGGCCGCCCAGAGAGGGGGGCCAGUGUCAAAGAUGACUCUGGCAGAUCAUCUCAGGAUCCUGCCAGUAGAGCUGGACAUGGCUCAGGACGACUCGCACCCCUCCAGGCCAGAGGAGGGAGAAGAACGCAUCAUCAGAACCAAAGGCCAGGCCAGAAGAACUGGGACAAGAUCCCGGAGAGCAAGGAGACGCAGACAGGGUGUCUGAUUGAACAGCUGUCUGAGGAGAAGUACGAGUGCAUGGUUUGCUGUGACGUCAUCCGCUGCAUGGCCCCAGUUUGGAGCUGCGUGAGCUGCUUCCACGUCUUCCACCUUAACUGCAUCAAGAAGUGGGCUCGAUCCCCGGCCUCUCAGGCAGACGAAUCGGCUGAAGGUUGGCGUUGUCCGGCCUGCCAGAAUGUUGCACUGAAACAACCGACCUCCUACACUUGCUUCUGUGGUAAAGUGACAAACCCAGAUUGGCAGCGCACCGAGAUUCCCCACAGCUGUGGUGACAUGUGUGGGAAGAAAAGAAGCGGAGUGGACUGCAACCACCCCUGUAACAUCUUAUGUCACCCUGGACCUUGUCCCCAAUGUCCCGCCUUCAUAACAAAAUCCUGCAUCUGUGGGAGGACCAGUCAGCCAAUGCGCUGCGGCCAGGGUGCGGUGCUCCAGUGCAACGCGGUGUGCGGUGCCUUACUCAACUGUGCCAAACACACCUGCGCCCAGGUGUGCCACGGUGGGGCGUGUCAACCGUGCCAGGUGCAGGAACAGCAGGUGUGCUACUGUGGCGUUACCGCUCGCCAAGUCCUGUGUGGCACUGACAAAUACGGAUUUGACGGUUCGGGACAUUUCUCCUGUCAAAAAUUAUGUGGGAAGAUGCUCGGCUGCGAAGCUCACCGGUGCCAGCUGGAGUGCCACCGCGGGCCGUGCCAGCCGUGCCCGCGCUCGCCGAGCCUGGUGAAGACGUGUCCGUGCAGUCAGACCCCGCUGAGCAAACUCCUGGAGCUGGGCUACUCUGAGCGACAGAGCUGCUCCGAUGCCAUCCCCUCCUGUGGAAAGACCUGCAACCGACCCCUGGCCUGCGGCUCCAGCGAUACCAUCCAUCUGUGUGAGAAGUUGUGCCAUGAGGACAGCUGUGGUCCCUGCUCCCUGACCUCCACCAUCAGAUGCAGAUGUGGCUCCAAGACCAAGGAGGUCCCGUGUACAUUGAUCCAAAAAGCAGAAGAGCUAGUCUUCACCUGUGAGAAGCGCUGCAGCAAGAAGCGCUCCUGCGGUCGACACAAGUGCGGCGAGCUGUGUUGCGUGAACGUGGAGCACAAGUGCCCCCAGGUCUGCGGCUACAAGCUCAACUGCGGCCUCCACCGCUGCGCGGAGCCGUGUCACCGUGGCAACUGUGAGCCCUGCUGGCAGACCAGUUUCGACGAGCUGGCCUGUCACUGCGGACUCACCGUCUUGUACCCGCCGAUCUCCUGCGGCACGAAGGCGCCCGAGUGCAAAAGCAUGUGCACGAGAAGACACGAGUGCGACCACCCAGUGUUUCACAACUGCCACAGUGAGGACAAGUGUCCUCCGUGCACGUACCUCACUCAGAAAUGGUGCAUGGGAAAGCACGAGCAACGCAGCAACAUCCCGUGUCACCUGCAGGACAUUUCCUGCGGCCUGACGUGUAACAAGACGCUGCCGUGCGAGAUGCACCGCUGCCGGCGGAUCUGCCACCGGGCCGAGUGCUCGCCGGCAGGCGGCUGCCAGCAGCCCUGCGCGCUGCCGCGCUCCGACUGCGGCCACCCGUGCUGCGCCCCCUGCCACAAAGGCGCCGGCUGCCCGCGCACCAACUGCGCGGCCAAGGUCGCUCUGCAGUGUGACUGCGGUCGGAGAAAGGAGAUGGUGUCCUGCACGGAGGCGGCCACCUCGUACCAGAGGUACGCGGCCAUCGCCAUGGCCAGUAAGCUGUCCGACAUGCAGCUCGGGGACUCCAUGGACAUCAGCCCGUUCCUCACAAAGAAGGAGCUGAAACAGACCAGGCUCGAGUGUGAUCAGGAGUGCGCCACCCUGGAGAGGAACAGGCGCCUGGCGGAGGCGCUGCAGAUCGACUUGUCUUCCGACCCCUUCAACGCCCGCUCUUCUUCCUCCGUGUACAGCGACAGCCUCAAAGAGGACGCCAGAAAAGACCUGAAAUUUGUCACCGAGGUAGAAGAGGAGAUCCGGAGUCUUGUUGAACUUGCUAAUAAGGGAAAACAGCCGAAGAGGAGCCACUGUUUCCCGCCCAUGAACAGAGAGCACCGCAAGAUCAUCCACGAGCUGGCCGAGGUCUACGCCGUGGAGAGCGUGAGCUACGACAGCGAGCCCAAGCGCAACGUGGUCGUCACCGCCCAGAAGGGGAAGUCCGCCUGUCCCAACGCAACGCUGACCUCCCUGAUAGAGAGGGAGACGUUCGGGAGGGCCCCUCCCCCCAUCGCUCAUAUCAAACAGCACAGCAGCAAGGCCGUCGCCGGGGGCUCCUGGUCUAAGAUGGUUAAAGAAGAGCCUGUGAUCGAUUACUUUGAUGUCCAGGACUGAAACAGGGCCCAAAAAAUAAGAAGAAAAAAACACAGCAUCUACUCUGGAAUCAUCCUUCUACACUUCUCUAAAUGUCUGAAUCCUAUAAUUUCACUCAAGGAUCUGUGAGAUUUGAAUUAAAGUUGAUUGAGCUCUGCACGGAUCGUUUUGAAUGCGACCGGCCCCUCACUGAACCCAACGCAAUAAAAAGUCAACUCUUCCUUAUUGAAAGGA